AUGCAAACUGCAAAUCAAAAAUCAAAUAUGUUUCAAAGCAUCUUCAGUAUCUUUCUGCAGUCUGCACACACACCUCAAAAGGUAAUCAAGAUGCUAUCAUGGAUGGGAAUCUGUGUCUCCAUUGAUUCAAUCAAUACAACCAUCUUGUCAUUGUCAAAGGAGGCUCACCAUGGCAUUUCUGCUCUGGGGUGGACACUUCUUGCAUCCUAUGCAUACAAUAAUUUUGAUGUAGACCUUAAAUCAACUGUUCAUACACAUGGUAUUGCUCUCGAGAACUUGUAUUGCUCAGAAGCAUUGUGGGAAAGAUCACUACUCAACCCAGAAGUGGAUUCAAUGGAUAUCCUUUCUGAUUUAAUUAAGUAUGGGCCUACAUACUUCCAUCAAUUCAAGGACCACCUGCAUCUGGAGUCAGUAGAAAUGAUCCCUGUGACCAAGACAAAUAUUCUGGCCUCACAAGUGAUGGAUAUCAGUAACUCAAUGGUAUCUGGAGAUAUCAACUCAGUACUUGAGUUACUGAAGCAGGGAGAUAUUGAAGAUCCAGCAGAAUGUGAUCCCCUGCAAGGACUAGAUGUAUCAGAUGACCUUGGAACAGGCAAGUGUCUCCAAGUGGCACUCCAGUGA